AGUCCACAGCAAAUCAUUCACUCAACAAUGGAAUUCGUUAUGCUCCUGGCCGCUCUCUUUUGCCUCCUAGCCGGAGUGGUCUUUCUGCGGAGCUACACCAGGAGAUCCCAGGCCACCACCCACCACAUCGGGGACCCCGAUGUUGCUCAUCGAGCGCUCAUUGGGAACGCCGACGACUUCUUAAACCGGCCGGCAGCAAGCUUCCCCACCUCCCUGGCCACCUGGCGCCAUGGCGAACGGAACGACAACAUAGCCACUGUGACCUACGGCCCGCAGUGGCGAGUGCUCCGGUGCAACCUCACGGCUGAGAUCCUCUCACGCCUCGGUUCCUUAGCCCCGCUUCAUGAGGAGGCCGCCCAGGCACUCGUCGCAGACUUCUCGGCCCGAUGCGGCGGAGGAGGUGACGUGGCCGUCCGUGAGCCCGUCACCAAAGCCGUGUUCACGCUGGCCACGCGCCUGUGCUUCGGCGACAUUGUGGACGACGGCCAGAGACACGCCAUAGGACGCGUGAUACGGGACUCCAUCGUCGCCGCAGGUAAGCUCAGCCCCGGGUUCGAUGGCUCGAUGCUAUCCAAGCUCGCGAACUGGAGGGGGUUUCGCCGGAUCUCCGCCGUGCUCAAACGGCAGACCGAGCUGUACCUCCCUCUGAUCGCGGCACGGAGGCAGUCGCAGUCUCAGCUCUGUGGCGGCAUCGUCCAUCCUUACGUGGACUCGCUCCUGGAUCUCCGUGUCCCCGACAAUGGUGAUGCCUCCGGCCCCGGCCGUCCUCUUCGAGACGGCGAGCUGGUGGGCCUUGUGUUCGAGUUCCUGGGUGCAGCCACGGGGUCAACCGCAGCCUGCCUCGAGUGGACCCUCGCCCAUCUCAUCGACCAGCCGGAGACCCUGGACAGGCUGCGCCGGGAGAUCGACGACGAGGCCGACGCCGGCGGGAUACUCUCCAGCAAGAGCCUUCGCAGCGGCAUGCCCUACCUGAACGCGGUAGUCCUUGAAUGCCUCCGCAUGCACCCGCCGGUGCCGGUCAUCUUGCGCAGCGCCCACGGCGACGGCGCCAAAGCGAUCGGUGGAAUGAGAGCUGUGCCGCUGGACGGCUUGAGCGUGCAGUUCAAUUUAGCCGACAUUGGAAGAGAUGCGAAGCGGUGGACCCAUCCUGACAAGUUCUGGCCGGAGCGGUUCCUUGCCGGAGGCGAGGCGGAAGACAUCGGGCCGGCGCCGGGCCCCAAGGAGAUCAGGAUGAUGCCGUUCGGUGCGGGACAUCGGCACUGCCCUGGCGUGAACAUGGGAAUGUUGCACAUCAAGUGCUUCUUAGCGGCGCUCGUGCACAACUUCGACUGGGCACUGUCCGCCGAAGACUGCAGCAGCGGUGUCGACAUGACGGAGCAGGACGGCUUCAUAAAAAUAAUGAAGAAGCCGCUCUCCGCGCGUGUCACUGGACGCACUUGAGUUCUUCUAAAAUCUUUGACAAACUUGUGUCCGGUUUCUGAAUGUGUGUGGUCCUAUUUUUCAUGCACGUCUUGUUCUGCUUUCCUGUUGAAGUUUGUUUGAGCUUGCUUACCACACGGACCGUGUGGUAUGUGUGAUUGUACUUGCAUCAAAUAAUAAGAAAUCGUGUGCUUCUUGCUUUUCUCUUC